AUGCUAAAAAGGUUUUAUACUGGUGAUAGUAUUUACAGCAAGAAUUUAGUAGAUUCAAUACAAUUUGCAUUAAGGGCAUUUACAGAAAAAAUAAAAUUGUCUCCAGAUUCAGAUGCUUUAAGAGCAUUAAUACCAGACAUGAAAAUCAAUUUUCUAACAAGAGAUAUUGAGAUUUUAAUAAUAGAACAAGCAAAAGAUAAAAUUGAUGAUGAUAUACCCAAGAACUCAAAUGACAAAUUUAAAGCAUGUAUUGAAAUGGGAAAUACAAAACAUAAAGAACUCAAUGUCAAAGUACAUGAACUAUUUUUAAAUAAACCAGGCUUAUACAUAUUACAAGUCAUAAGACAAUUUUCACUCCCUAACAAAUUUUGUGAUCUUAGUCUUAUGCAUAAUGCAUUAAUAACUUUGGUAAAGAUCAGA